AUGGCGUCCAUUCAUUCAAUUGUCGUCUUUGUGUCUUUCUUUAUCACCCUCGCGUGGGCACAGUUCAACCUCGCCGCAAAAGUUAACAAUGUCGUGUACUGGGGCCAAGGACCCGAGCAGAAACCGCUUCUGUAUCAUUGCCAGAAGCCCGAGAUCGAUGCCAUCGCCCUCUCCUUCGUCUAUCUGUUCCCGGCCCAGGCCAACGGCUACCCGGGAACAAACUUCGCAAACCAAUGCAGCGGCGCCGUGUAUGCCGGCCCGGGAUACAACGGUGUGGUGGAUCCGACAAUGGACAAGCUGCAAUCCAGCUGCCCCCAACUCGCGGCCGACAUAGCCACAUGCCAGAGAACCUACGGGAAGAAGAUCUUCCUAGCUCUCGGAGGGGACUCGGGUGAAUACGACCUGGACGGCGUCACGGAUGGCGUGAGGUUUGCAAACAUGCUUUUCGGCAUGUUUGGACCGAGGAACAAGAUCUGGGUCAAGGCCGGUCUGCCCAGGCCCUUCGACGUGGCUGGUGACACUGCGGGAUCCGCAGUCGACGGGUUCACCCUGGACAUUGAGCACCCUGCCGACGACGGGGGAGCCGGGUACAUAGCCUUCGCCACGCAGCUCCGCAAGCUGUUCCCCGCGUCCCCCCAGACAGGCCUCACCCUCACCGCCGCGCCCCAGUGCGCCGUGCCCGACGCCAGCAUGGGCCAGCUGAUAGCGAGCGUCGCCUUCGACGCGCUCUUCAUCCAGUUCUACAACACGCCCGCCUGCUCCGCCAGGGCGUGGGCCAACGCCAACCCGAACUACGUCCCGGGCACGCGGCCGUUCCCCUCGGGCGGCUUCACCUACGACACGUGGACGACCGCGGUGGCCGGCGGCGCCAGCUCCGCCGCGAAGCUCUACAUCGGCCUGCCGGGGAGCGCCGACGCCGUCGACGACGCCAGCUUCUACGUCAACCAGAACGAGACCAAGAACCUCAUCAACGCCUACUUCUGCAACCGCAACUUCGGCGGCGUCGCCCUGUACGACGCCACGUACGCCGACGAGAACGUCGUCAACGGCCAGACGUUCACGCAGUGGACCAAGGCCGUGCUGACCGACUCGCUUGCGGAUCCCGUGGUGAGGACCUGCCGCGGGCCUGCUGGUGGUGAGAAGGCCUAG